UCCAACACAAUUGCCUUCGCUAAUUACGAACUCUUCUCCGUGCAUCUUUUCUUCCUAUCAUUUAUAUUUGGCAAAACACAAAACGGAGAAAUGGCAAAAUCCGCUGAGGAGCAAAACCAAGUGAAGGCUUUUGGAUGGGCAGCCAGGGAUCCAUCUGGAGUCCUCUCUCCCUUCAAUUUCUCCAGAAGGGCCAUUGGAGAGAAAGACGUGAAGUUCAAGGUUUUGUAUUGUGGGAUUUGUCACUCAGACCUUCACUGUAUCAAGAAUGAAUGGGGCAGCACCAUCUAUCCUUGUCUCCCUGGGCACGAGAUUGUAGGGGUAGUGACAGAGGUGGGUAGCAAGGUCCAAAAAUUCAAAGUUGAUGAUAGAGUUGGGGUGGGUGGCAUGGUUGGAUCAUGUCACUCUUGUGAUAGCUGCGCUGACCAUCUCGAAAACUAUUGUCCUAAGAUGAAGUUGACUUACAACUCUAUCUUUUAUGAUGGAAACCCCUUGUUUGGCGGUUUCUCCAACAUCAUGGUGGCCACCGAGCAUUUUGUCAUCCGUAUUCCAGACAACUUACCUCUUGAUGCUUCUGCCCCUUUGCUUUGUGCCGGCAUGACUACUUAUAGCCCACUCAAACACUUUGGACUCGACAAGCCUGGCUUGCAUGUGGGUGUGGUUGGCCUUGGUGGACUAGGCCAUAUGGCUGUUAAAUUUGCCAAGGCCUUGGGGGUUAAAGUGACGGUGAUAAGUACCUCACCUACCAAGAAACGGGAAGCAAUCGAACAUCUUGGUGCCGAUUCAUUUUUGGUUAGCCAUGAACAAGAUGCGAUGCAGGCUGCUAUGGACACAAUGGAUGGCAUGAUUGAUACAGUCUCUGCUCCACACCCUCUUCUACCAUUGAUUAGCUUAUUGAAGUCUCAUGGAAAGUUGGUAAUGGUCGGUGCCCCAGAUAAGCCACUUGAGCUUCCCGUCUUUCCUCUUCUUAUGGGAAGGAAGAUAGUGGCUGGGAGUAUCAUCGGGGGCAUAAAAGAGACACAAGAAAUGUUUUAUUUUGCCGCAAAACACAACAUAGGAGCAGAUAUUGAAGUGAUUCCAAUGGAAUAUGUAAACACUGCAAUGGAGCGCCUGCAGAAAGCUGAUGUUAGAUAUCGCUUUGUUAUAGACAUAGGCAACACGCUAGAAGCGGCCUAGUUUGACCUGUCUUUGUGUGCCACUCUUGUUGGUGCAAGAGUCAUGUUUUUGUUUUCUUUCUUUCUUUUGCCUACAGUCAAGUAAGUGAUACGAAGAGUUCGUACCAGUGAAUUUUAAGUUCAAUUCUUGCCCUUCUAGUGAAGUAAAGUCUCACAUCUACAAUUUAUCUUA